AUGCCUUGUCUUGGCUCGUCUUUUCAUUACGGAGACACAUCAGUCUUUGAUGCGUACACGGGAACUGCCGUACAUGACUUUCUGAAUGGCCUAAUGCAAUUCUUCUCCCUGUGUUGGGUGUUUACUCUAGAACCUCUUCGUGCUCUAUUUCAUGUUCCAAAGCCUUGUCCUAUUCAGAUUCCACGCAUUUGCAUUUUUAGUCAACUGUGCCGGCAAGGGACUAUGGAAGGGAGCAGUGGCAUCCCUAAACCACUCCUGCUCUCCUACAUCUAUCACUCAUACCUGAGAUACAACACCGUCUUGACCCCCCCUGCACAACUACCUUCUGCUCUGUGCCUCAUCAAAAACUCAAUUCACAAGUCGUUCUCAGCCCAUUGUCGAAGGGACCAGAACGUAUCCCUGAUAACAGCUUCACCAAAGCUUCACCUUGAAAAUCCAGCAUCUUACACUUGCUCUGUGGCCGCUACACGUUCAGGGUGUCAUGGUGUAGGAAUGGCAGAGCCAGCAGGCUUCAUUUGUAUAAGAGAGUCCAACCCUUUUGAAGAAGGGCUUCGCCAAUCUGAUCUUGUCAUUAUGAUAUUUUUCUUGCAUCCCGCCAAAGCUUUAUACCCAUACCACAGUCCUUGUGACUAUAGUUCCUCUGAGCGCCAAUGCCCCCAAGCAUUACACUUCGCUGCUACAAAAACGGCAGCUCAAUUUUCCUCUCUGUCCACUCACCCACACGAGCUGACAGGAAUUUCACAAGCGGGAUAUGUUUACGAUGAGGGAAGUAGAACACACCUCCAUAUGUUUGUCCUUGCCGGUUCAACUCCUCUAAGCUGCCAGGCUGUCAUACAAUCUCAUAUGUCUGACCUGCCUCUUCUGCUUGUACAGUUCUGGGACAUUGUGCACUGCCUCCCCUGUGCCUGUUCUGUGAUGACCAUCGACAGAACAUCCUCUGCACCGUAA